AUAACGAUGAUUUCGAAACCUAGCUACCCAAUUCGUCCAUGUUGCUAUAAGUCCCGGUCUAUGGCCAUCCAAGAUAUCAUUCAUGCUUUCUCGGCCCUCUCACCUUCAUCUGGGCUACCCAUUGACCCGUCAUCUCUGUUCCCCAUUCAUCUGUUAAGGAAGAGUUUGAGUUUGAAGAUUUUGAAGAGUUCGACAUCUCUGACAUGGCCAGCUCAAGAAUUUCAUUAUAUGGAGUGAGCUUCUUUACUUGGUGGAUUUAUUGGGCUUUGUUGUUUACAGAAGUAAACAGUGAACUUACCCAUCCUGAUGAAGUGGGGGCAUUGCAUUCCAUCAAGGAAAGUCUGGUUGACCCAUAUGAGAACCUCAGAAAUUGGAAGGGAGACCCAUGCACCUCAAAUUGGACUGGUGUAAUAUGCUACAAUGCAACAAAGGAUGGUUAUCUUCAUGUUCAAGAACUACAACUUCUAAAACUGAACCUUUCUGGAAGUUUAUCACCUGAGCUUGGGCGCUUAUCUUAUAUGAAGAUACUAGAUGUAAUGUGGAACACAAUUGGUGGGAGUAUACCGCACGAGAUAGGGAAUAUUACAUCUCUGGAGUUAUUGCUUCUGAAUGGAAAUAAUCUGACAGGUUCCUUGCCCGAAGAAAUUGGGAAUCUUCCAAACUUGGACAGGAUACAAAUUGAUCAGAAUCAUAUAUCCGGACCCUUACCUGUAACAUUUGCAAAUUUAAACCGAACAAAACACUUCCACAUGAAUAACAAUUCAAUAAGUGGACAGAUCCCACCAGAGCUUUCUAGACUGCCAAUGCUUGUGCACUUAUUACUUGAUAAUAACAACUUAUCUGGAUACCUUCCACCAGAACUAGCUGAAAUGCCAAACUUGCGCAUAAUCCAACUGGACAACAAUCACUUUGAAGGAAGCUUGAUACCAGAUACCUAUGGAAAGAUAUCACACUUGCUGAAAUUGAGCCUCAGGAACUGCAGUUUACGGGGACCAGUACCGGAUCUGAGCAACAUAGACAACCUUACAUACAUAGAUCUAAGCUUUAACCAGCUUUCGGGGAGUAUUCCAACACGUAAGCUCUCUGAUUAUGUCACAACCAUUGAUCUAUCACACAACAAUCUUGGUGGAAGUAUCCCUACCAACUUUUCCAGCCUCCGUAAUUUGGAAAGAUUGUCACUUGCAAACAAUACAUUGACAGGUUCUGUAUCAUCUAUUUUUUGGCAAAAUAGGAAACUCCAAGGAACUAAGAAACUUAUCUUGGAUUUUCAGGACAACAUGCUUUCAAAUAUAUCAGGAAGCCAAAUCAUUCCACCAAAUGUCACUGUCAGAUUCCAUGGAAACCCCUUGUGCAAAAAUGCCAACACAAUUGAUGUCUGUGGCUCUGUUGAUUACAAUUCUAGUGACAACUUGGACACCAAAGACUCCACUUCCUGUCCCAUCCAAGGGUGUCCCUAUCCUUAUGUAUAUGCCCUGCCUGCCAAUAGUUGCUUCUGUGCAUUACCUCUACUUGUGGAGUAUAGACUAAAGAGCCCUGGAUUCCGGGACUUCCCACCACACCAGAUGGAGUUCGAGGAUUACCUGACCUCUGGACUUCGGCUGAAUUUUUCACAGCUAGACAUUGAUAAAUUUACAUGGGAAGAAGGCCCUCGGGUAAAGAUAAGCUUGAAGUUUUUCCCAACGUAUAUUCCGAGUAACAGUUUUCACACAUUCAAUAAGAGUGAACGCCUUCGGAUCAUGAGCAUGUUCACUGGAUGGCUGAUACCUGAUAGUGAUCUUUUUGGACCUUAUGAACUUCUUGGUUUCACCCUACUGGGCGAUUAUAAAGAGGAUAUCCCUAUCCGUUCAGAAUCUUCUUUAAGCAAGAGAUUUAUUGCUGGUAUCAUACUCGCAUCAAUUUUUGGUGCAGUUACAAUGUCUGCUUGUGUGGGGCUCCUCAUUUUGAGACUGCAUGUGCAAAAACACCAUUCAACUUCGAAAAAACAUCGAUCUUCGGUCUCUGUCAAAAUUGAUGGUGUAAAAGACUACACUUUUCAAGAAAUGGCACUGGCAACAGAAAACUUUCAUGACUCUUGCAUUGUUGGACAAGGAGGUUAUGGGAAAGUUUAUAAAGGCAUUUUGGCUGAUGGAACAGUUGUAGCCAUCAAACGUGCUCUAGAGGGAUCCUUGCAGGGUGAAAAAGAGUUUCUUACAGAAAUCGAACUACUUUCUAGGCUACAUCACAGGAACCUGGUGUCUUUAAUUGGAUACUGUGAUGAAGAAGGUGAUCAGAUGCUUGUUUAUGAAUACAUGUGUAACGGUACUUUGAGAGAUCACCUAUCUGGAAAAUUUAAAGAAUCUCUCAGCUUUGAUAUGCGGUUGAGAAUGGCGCUAGAGUCUGCAAAGGGGAUUCUGUAUUUGCAUACCGAAGCUGAUCCGCCUAUAUUCCAUAGAGACAUCAAGGCUAGCAACAUACUCUUAGACUCAAAGCUCACAGCUAAAGUUGCUGAUUUUGGACUCUCAAGGCUUGCUCCUGUUCCUGAUCUUGAAGGGGUUUUACCUAACCACGUAUCAACCCUUGUUAAGGGUACUCCGGGAUACCUUGAUCCAGAGUAUUUCCUAACACACAAUCUCACAAGCAAGAGUGAUGUUUACAGUCUCGGCGUUGUGUUUCUUGAACUAUUGACUGGAAGGCACGCUAUUUCACACGGUAAAAACAUCGUUAGGGAGGUGAACAAUGCAUGCCGUGAAGGCAUGAUAUUGGAUGCCAUUGACAAACGGAUGGGACCUUACCCAUUGGAAUGCGUGGAAACAUUUGUUACUCUUGCCCUCAGGUGUUGCCGAGAAGAGACAGAUUCACGGCCUUCAAUGGCGGAAGUCGUUCGGGGGCUCGAAGGUAUAUGUCGUAUGAUGCCGCCGCGGGGGGAUAGUGGGAUCAAAGAAUCGUCUCAGUUGUCGAGCGCCGAUGCGACUACUACUACUACUGAUAUGGCCAACAACCUGUCGUCCCCUGCAUCGUCACCUAUUCAACAUUCUGAUGUCUCUAGCAGUGCCCUUCUCAGUGGUAUUCUCCCUUCCAUCUCUCCCAGAUGACAUCUUCACAACUUCCCCAGUUCAUUCCAGUCACGCCAAGUUUGAAUUUGACACCAAAGUUUGACAUCACGUGUUUAUAUACGUACACACAUAGACAAUCAUUAUCCGAGCCACGGACAAUGAUUGUCAUUGUACGCGCAUGUCUGCGAAGCACAUGUUGUCAAACUCUGACGUUUAUAUAGAAUUACCCAAAAAUCAUAAUAAAUAAAUGAAUAUGUUCAGUGGUUUGAGAGAGAGGACAAUUUUUUGUUUUCCUAGGUUUAUUUUUUGUGUUGCUUUUGCAAAAUUUAUUUUACCCGGACGGAAAAAGUGACCCAUCCAGUUUUUACUUUUUUGUUGAUGAAAUGUGAGAAUAUACUGUACUACGUAUUUGUUUGUUACGGAGUAGUUUUUUUUGGGACGGAUGAAAAAAGAAAGGAGAAAUGUUUUCUGGGACGGACGGAGUAAGUAUUAUAAUCAUUUGUAUCGU